AUGAAAGUGACCGUGUGCUUCGGCAGGACAGGCAUCGUGGUGCCCUGCAAGGAGGGCCAGCUGCGCGUCCGGGAACUCACGCAGCAGGCGCUGCAGCGGUACCUGAAGACCCGAGAGAAGGAUCCUGGCUACUGGGUAAAGAUUCAUCACUUAGAAUACACAGAUGGAGGAAUCCUGGAUCCAGAUGAUCUUUUGGCAGAUGUCGUUGAAGACAAAGAUAAGCUGAUUGCUGUGUUUGAUGAACAAGAACCACUUCACAAGAUUGAGAGCCCCAGUGGAAACCCUGCAGGCCGGCAGAGCCCAGAUGCCUUUGAGACGGAGGUGGCUGCCCAGUUGGCUGCAUUUAAACCAACUGGUGGAGAAAUUGAAGUAACCCCUUCUGCUCUGAAAUUAGGCACUCCACUGCUGGUGAGGAGAAGCAGUGACCCAGCACCAGGCCCACCUGCUGAUGCCCAGCCAAGUGCUUCACACCCCAGUGGCCAGAGUCUGAAACCUGUUAUUCUAGAUUCCACACAGAACUUAGAAGAUGGAGAAGUUAUGAAUGGUGUACAGACAGAGCCACUGACGUCGCCGAAAACCAAGGAUGCAUUGAGUGAUAUGACAAGAACAGUGGAGAUUUCUGGGGAAGGAGGCCCCUUGGGAAUACAUGUAGUGCCCUUCUUUUCAUCUCUGAGUGGAAGGAUUCUAGGACUCUUCAUCCGCGGCAUUGAAGAAAAUAGCAGGUCCAAGCGGGAGGGACUAUUUCAUGAAAAUGAAUGUAUUGUAAAAAUCAACAACGUGGACCUUGUAGACAAAACCUUUGCUCAGGCUCAAGAUGUCUUCCGUCAGGCGAUGAAAUCUCCCAGUGUGCUCCUCCAUGUGCUUCCACCUCAAAACCGUGAACAGUAUGAAAAAUCAGUCAUUGGACCACUUAACAUUUUUGGUAACAACGAUGGCAUUUUGAGAACAAAGCUGCCGCCUCCUGUGCACGGAAUAUCAGGAAUAAAAACCAUAAAUCUCACAGGAACAGGUAGUCCUGAAGAGGAUGCAUUGACCUCUCUGCAACAAAGCAAGAGCCCCCGGGUACCAAGACUGGGUAGAAAGCCAUCCUCUCCCUCACUCUCCCCUCUCAUGGGGUUUGGCAGCAAGAAGAAUGCAAAGAAAAUUAAGAUUGACCUAAAGAAAGGCCCUGAAGGACUGGGUUUCACUGUGGUUACCAGAGACUCUUCCAUACACGGGCCUGGUCCCAUUUUUGUAAAAAACAUUUUACCAAAGGGAGCAGCAAUAAAAGAUGGCCGCCUACAAUCAGGGGACAGAAUUUUGGAGGUAAAUGGCAGAGAUGUCACUGGGCGAACUCAGGAAGAGCUUGUGGCCAUGCUGAGGAGCACCAAGCAAGGAGAGACCGCAUCGCUGGUCAUCGCCCGUCAAGAAGGAACUUUUCUUCCCCGAGAGCUGGAUGGUCGUCUGCGGAUGAAUGACCAGCUGAUUGCCGUUAAUGGGGAAUCUCUUUUGGGAAAGUCCAACCAUGAAGCUAUGGAGACACUGAGGCGAUCAAUGUCCAUGGAAGGAAAUAUUCGAGGGAUGAUCCAGUUGGUAAUUCUGCGGAGACCAGAGAGACCACUGGAGGAGCCUGCAGAGUGUGGGGCAUUUUCUAAGCCAUGCUUUGAGAAUUGUCAAAACACUAUAACCACCUCCAGGAGAAAUGAUAAUAGUUCAUUGCAUCCAUUUGGCACUUACAGUUCACAAGACAAACAGAAAGAGCUAUUGCUCCCCAGUGAUGGAUGGGCCGAGGCUGAGGUCCCGCCUUCUCCACCACCACAUCCCAUUCUGGAACUGGGCACUGAAGAUUACAGCCACAGCUCUGAGGUGGAUUCGGCAGUGUAUUUUCCAGAUCAGCACAUCCACUUCAGAUCUGUGACACCGGCCAGGCAGCCUGAAUCGAUGAAUCUGAAAGCCUCCAAGAGCAUGGACCUUGUGCCAGAUGAAAGCAAAGUCCACUCAUUGGCUGCUCACAAAUCGGAAUCUCCAAGCAAAGAUUUCGGUCCAACCCUGGGUUUGAAAAAGUCCAGUUCCUUGGAGAGCCUCCAGACUGCAGUUGCUGAGGUCAGGAAGAACGAACUUCCCUUCCACAGGCCCCGGCCGCACAUGGUUCGCGGCCGAGGCUGCAACGAGAGUUUCCGGGCAGCCAUUGACAAAUCCUAUGACGGACCCGAAGAGCUAGAAGCUGACCGUCUGUCUGAUAAGAGCUCUCACUCUGGUCAAGGAGCUCUGAAUUGUGAAUCUGCCCCUCAGGGCAACUUGGAGCUGGAGGAUGCGGAACAGAAAGCCAGGAAAAACAAAAAACCCAAAGAGAAGGAGAAGAAGAAGGAAAAGGGCAAACUGAAAGUCAAGGAGAAAAAGCUGAAAGAAGAAAAUGAAGACCCAGAGAGGAAAAUCAAGAAGAAGGGAUUUGGUGCCAUGCUGAGAUUUGGAAAGAAGAAAGAUGACAGAGGUGGCAAGGCUGAGCAGAAGGGCGCUCUGAAGCAUGGUGGCCUAAGGGAAGAAGAGCUGGAAAAAAUGAAAGAAGAACGUGAAAGGAUUGGAGCAAAACAUCAGGAGCUAAGGGAAAAGCAGGCAAGAGGUCUUAUUGAUUAUGCUACUGGUGCAGCUGGAUCACUGCAUGAUAUGGACGAUGAUGAAAUGGACCCCAACUAUGCCAGGGUGAACCACUUCCGGGAACCAUGUACAUCAGCAAGUGUCUAUAGAUCACCAUCUCCACCUCGGGCUGGACCCCUGGGUUACCAUCGGGAUGGCCGUCCUCUCUCUCCAGAGAGAGACCACUUAGAGGGUCUCUAUGCCAAGGUCAACAAACCAUAUCAUCCACCGGUGCCAGUUGACAGUGGCCGGCCUGCGAGUGGGAGCACGGACCGCAUCCAGAAGUUGCGGAAAGAGUAUUAUCAGGCCCGGAGGGAAGGAUUCACCUUAUAUGAGGACGAUGAGGGAAGAGCGAGGCUAGAUUAUGACCUUCACUGGGUGUCUGGAAAGGGUCCAGAUGGGAACGCACACAACGUCCGCUUUGAGGGGAUGGAGAGACAGUAUGCAUCCUUACCCAGGGGAGGACCCGCUGAUCCCAUAGACUAUCUGACGGCAACACCUCGAGCGCUCUACAAGGAAAGGGAGCUCCCAUAUUACCCAGGGGCUCAUCCCGUGCAUCCUCCCAAGGGGAGCUACCCUCGCCCCCCGGAUCUGAGGGUUGCAGACCUCCGGUAUCCUCAGUAUUACCCUCCUCCGCCAGCCCCCCAGCAUAAAGGACCCUUCCGACAAGAUGUCCCACCUUCCCCUCCUCAGCACCACAGAGUGCCAGCCUAUCAGGAAAUGGGUAGACCAGGGCCCCGCGGGGGCAGCCCAGACCAGUACCCCUACCGACCCCAGGAUCCCAGGCAGAAGAACCCCAUGACUGCCGCCGUGUAGCUGAAUACCACCAAGCUCAGCCCAGCCCAGAAAGGGAGAUGGGUGACAUCACCUUUGCCCUUCCUAGAUUUUCAGGCC